AUGUGUGUACUUACCAUGGCUGUUUUUGUCACAACUUUUUUUGUUAAUCACACUGGUGCAGCAAAAGUUCCAGCCAUUUUAGUGUUUGGAGAUUCAUCUGUUGAUGCUGGGAAUAAUAAUCAGAUUUCGACUGUGUUGAAGAGCAAUUUUAGGCCAUAUGGUCGAGAUUUCUUUGGUGGGAAACCCACGGGGAGAUUCUCAAAUGGUCGUAUUCCUCCAGAUUUUAAUUCUGAGGGAUUUGGGCUUAGGCCAUUUGUGCCUGCUUAUUUAGAUGGGAAGAUUACCUAUUCAAGAAAAUAA